AUGCGCCAUUGCUAUCGAACAAACUAUAAUGGCGCACCCCUCGGGGGUGCGCCAUUGCUAACCCGCACUGCUCGGCGGCGGCGGCUUUGGGUCUUCUCAGUAGAGUCACCAACCCACCCAGACCGUGCGUGCUCCGCUCCUCCCUCACGCACCUCACCGCGGCCACCUCCUCUCACCCACCACCGUCGGCGGCGCCAUGGAGGUCGGCGGCGAGGAGUUCACGGUCGCCGUGGUGAUCUCCGCGAAGACCACCCUCGGGGAGGAGUUCGAGGGCUAGAUCGUCUCCUUCGACCGCCCGAGCAACCUCCUCGUCAUCCAGGAGGGCGUGGGCAGGGCGGAGAGGGGCGAGCGGCGGAACAUGAGGGUGCUCAAGGCCAACUACAUCCAGGAGUUCUCCGUCGUCGGGAAGUACGACGACCCGCUCGACUAGGCUGGCUGUGUGCUCGACCUCGCCGCCAUCCACGCCACGGAGGAGGCCGCCCUCAAGUGCGUCAUACUGCAUCCCAAACCCUUUUGUGCAGCCGCAUCUAUCUUCUUUUUUUGGCAAGACAAGGCGCCAUGGCCAAGGUAUACAAAGAAAGACUAGUCAAACAGUGCAAGGUUCUCUCUCUUGACUCUUGCUGUUACUUGUUGCUGAUAAUGCUCAGUGAUAAUUAUGAAGUAUGGCUACUAUCCCUACGAUCUUGAUACAAGAAAUUGAUGAAGCAGCAGGGAAGGAUCGGAUCCGAAUGGACGUGUACUUUACAUGAGAUGGAAUGGAUAGAUGCAGGUAUGAGAGUAGAUGGAUGGGCAUUAAAUCGACGGCCCGUUCAAUGGAUAGCUCCAAAACCAAAGUCUUCGUCGGAUGUACGGCGUGCGAUGGAUGUGAUCACACGAUGGAACAGGAGAACAUUUUGCAGUAAAGCUGGAACAUUAAUCAUUAAGGUGUGGUCGUCGAGCCGCUCCGGCGGUGCAUGGACAGAGCAAGGGAGAUACUUGAG